AUGGCUAAAAACAUAAUAAUGUGUUUUGAUGGGACGAAGGAAAACUUUGGGCCGCAGCCGUUUAGUAAUGUUUUGAAACUGUACCAAAUGCUAGAUGCAAGCAAACAAUUGUGUUAUUAUCAACCAGGGAUUGGCACUUCUGCAACAUUUGAUUCCGUGGAAAACUGGACAAGAAAAUUGAGCUGGUCAUGCACACGGAAUGUUUUGGAUUGUAUGUUUGCCUUUUGCUUAGAGAAACAUAUCAUUUCGGCGUAUUUAUUUUUGAUGAAGCAUUACAAAGAUGGAGAUUCAAUUUACAUGUUUGGAUUCUCACGCGGAGCGUUUAUUGCCAGAGUGUUGACAGGGAUACUGGAAAGAGUGGGUUUAUUGAAUGUGGGUCUAGAAGAAAUGGUCACCAUGGCCUGGAAAAUCUACGAGCAGUGGGAAUUUGCAGAACAACCCAUUCAACCAAAUUACAGGAAUACGUUGGUGCAAGAAUUCGGCAGGAUUUUUUGUCGUAGGUAUCAAAUUAAAAUACAUUUUCAGGGACUCUUUGAUUCGGUGAAUUCCGUCGGUUUAUUUAGGGAUCGGCUGUUUCCCUGCACCCAGCGGAGCAACAUCGUGGGUCACAUCAGGCACGCUUUAGCUUUGGAUGAGAGAAGAGGAAAGUUUAAGCAAGUUUGCUUUGCACCGAAUCCUUACAGACCAAACAUUUGCACGUUAGAUUACCACAGAUAUGAGAUUAAUAGAAGUGACCCUGCAUUGAGAUCGUUGGUUAACAACAGUCGUCGUAGUGAAAAUCCACUGAUAGGCUACACUAUCCACAGAGGACAAUGGGUCGGGAGCAACGGUGCGGUUUCUCCGAUCAGUACUAUCAGUGAAGGUUCAGAUGGUCAGGAGUUACUAUCACAAAUCAACAAGUUCCUAUCCCAUUCUGGCGGGAAGUCAGUGAGAGAUACAGAGUGUUCCCAUCUUACCAUUGAGGGGACCUUUGAGUUCCCCAAACUUACGUCUCCGGCAAGUGAAUCAAAGGUACCAAGUCUUGGUAGUAGCCAUUCGACGGUGACCCCUGAUCUGGUUGAAAAAUGGUUUCCAGGUGAUCACUCAGACGUUGGAGGAGGUUGGUUAGAUGAUGGUGAAACUAAUGCGAGUUUAUCUGAUUUGCCGCUACGUUGGAUUUUAUCCGAAGCGAUAAAAUAUGGAGUACAUUUCAGACCAGGUGCAAUCCAUGAGUUUGCUGAAAGGUAUCCGUCCGUUAACAGUUUGUUUGCACCCCUGCAUGACUACUUAGGUUACUGUACUUCAGACCACGGUACGAUUCAGGUUUUGGAUGAUGAUUCUGAAGAUGUUAGAAUCUCAAAGACCAACUUAAAAAGUAAACUCGAGCGGUACGUUAGGGUCGCAAGUCAAUUAAACUUCAGCGUUCACGAUUAUUCCAAGAGCAAGUAUACAGUACCGACUGGUCACAUUACAUGGUGGGAGACUUUUUUCUGGUGGUGUUUGGAAAUGAUACCACUCGGAUUGAGAAUCGAGAAUUCGGAGGGGAAAUGGAGAAACGUGUACGUCCCCAAUUUUGGUAGGUCUCGGUGCAUCCCCGAGUAUGCGGAGGUCCAUUGGUCUAUUAUUUGGAGGAUAAAAUUUGUUAAUGAAUAUAGACCAAAGAAUUUACCAGAGUAUGUGAGGAGGGUUAUUAAGCGGCAAAACAAUAUUGACCUAUGUGAGAUGAGGACCAAGGGGAUAUUUGUUAGGGAGCACGAUAUGCAAUUGACAGAGAGGGGGGACACUGAAGACAUAACAAACGAGUUCAGGGACGAGCUGAAUUGUCAAGUUACUGAAUGGGUAAACGACAACUGGCUGAACGUUCCUGACGAUUUGGAGAUCUUGCUAAGCAAGGAUCCGACGUUAUAA